CCUCUCUCACAAGGAACAGAGAUAAAAUCCUAUAAAAUUGUGUGUAAAAAACUGAUUGAUUAACCUCAAAAAAAUGUCUCUUCCUUGGAUAACAAUAAAUAAAAAACUUUUAGAAGGAAUUGCGUUAAUAAAUUUGCUUUCGUCCCAAAAAUUUAAGAUCCUUCUUAAACGAAUAUUUGAGUCAGAUGAAUCAUCUCCCUUUACACUUGGUGAGAUUAAAAAAUUAGGGAGUUUACUUCAAUUAGAAGAGGAAAAAUCAGUCCUUUUGGUGCAAUCUUUAACUCACACAUGGAAUCAAGCUGUAAAAUUUAUUCUAAAACCUGUAGAUCUACAAAAAGAUCUCGAGCUAGUUUUGAAAUUGGAUACAGAAAAAGCUGAAGAAUUCACAAAGAUGUGGAUCGAAAGGAUUAAAGGCGAUUGUGGCGAUUUGAAUAAAAGGAAGAAGUUAAAUGGGGUUUCUUGGCAAGUUAAUCUGCAAGCUGCCACGAAUUAUUCGCCCAAAGAAAUUGUUCCUACUGUUAAAUUAAAACUACAACUUAGUGAUAUUAUUAACAGUGAGUCUACUGAGAAUGUUGUAUUUGAUUUAAAUGAAGAGGAAAUUGUCAGUUUGUAUAAUGCCAUAGAAGGAGUUCAAAUUAAAAUAGAUGAAUUACAAAGUUUAUCCUAAAAUGACAAUAAAAUGAUAUUUAUAUUUUUA